GUCAACAUUACUCUUUCGUGCCACUCCCCCCACUUUAACACCGAUUACAGCUGGGCCCGUAUACCGCUGAAGAUGGUUUUUGCCAUAGCCACUGUCUAUGUCUGCAUCCUCUCGUCGGAGCGGUACUUCUACUACUGGGUUCAAACCACCAUCGAACGCACCGACGUCCAUGUAUCGGAGAUCAAUUUUCCCGCAGUGACCAUCAUCCCCAUGUCUGUCACCAAUCUCAAUGCGUCAAAUGAGGCGCAGCGCCACACCAGAGUCUUCAAUAUGGCCCGGGCCGUUCUCUGGCAAACCCCCGAUGCAGUGCAACUCGACAAACAUAGCUUCGAAGAGUUUCCCGAAUACGCAGAUGUAGAUCCCACAGCUUUGGACAUGGACACAGUGUAUGAUUCCUUCCAGGACGCUUGCAAGUAUUUCUUCGCGGAGUGCUCGUGGCGCCGUAAGCCCAUGAACUGCUGCAGCCUCUUUCGGUCAGUCUCCACCUUUAAAGGGUUUGCGUACGUCUUCAACUCAGUGCGAUGCGAAUUCCCGGACGAAACUUGGCCGUGGUCUGCGUCUGCCUCGGGAUCCCUUAGCGGCCUUAAUGUGAAGAUACAUCGUAAUCAAAAUGUGUUCAAUAUAAAUAUGCUGGGGGUGAUUGUGCAUGAACCCACUCAGCAGCUGGGCCACAGUAUUGCCUAUUCCACUGAGGAUCGUAUUGUCAUUCCCGUAGAGCCACUGCGCUUCACAGCCGAGGCAGACGUCAAGGCCCGGCCAGUCCAAAUGCGCCGCUGUCUGUUCGAGAGUGAGAUUGUACGUCUGGGCCAGUCGCGAUCCGAGUGUAUUUACAAGUGCCAUGUGCAGUACAUCUUGAAGAAAUGCAACUGCACCGUGAAUCUGCCCCGUCCGGUGACUACAAGGAUGGAAAAUAUCACAGGAUCAAGUUACUAUAAUGGAACAAAACUUUGUGGGGUGAAGCACUUGCCCUGCUUCAAUAACAACAGACUUUCGCUGUUCUCCAUGAGCAACAUCAUCGAGGAGUCCAGAGAUAACAUCUUUACGACCGUCGACUGCGGCUGCUUCCCGCAAUGCGAUCACACACAGUACCACUCCUCCACCUAUACCGAACGAUUGAGCAGCGUGGAGAACAACAAUUCGGUAAUCGAGAUAGACGUAUACUUUCAGGAGGAGACCCUCUUCUCGUAUCGCUCCAUGCUGCGCUUCACCCUCAUCGAUCUGAUGGUUUCCUAUGGUGGCAUAGCAGGUCUGAUUAUGGGAAUCUCGGUCUUGGGCUGGGUUAAUGCCAUCCUGGACCACUUCGCCUGUUGUCGGCUGCCCAGCGACGGAUAGCACUGCCCCUCCUCUCCCUUAUUCAAUCUGAAACAGCCACAGCUGCUUUCUCACGUUUCUUUACCUGUAAUCGGAACAGCGAUUCAGUGUUCAGACGAACAUAAAUAAAUUCAGAAGA